AUGAGGCUGGCCAACCUGGUCAUGCUUAUCGUUGUGCUGUACGAUUCAGAUAUCUUCCUGGUCAUCGCCCAUACUGAGACCUGCUGCCGGAAUCGUGGCGUUUCGGAGGCCUGCUCACACGCUUUGUGUCGCCUCGAAUCGCCACCCGGCGACAUUGAACGCUAUACGAUCUUCGAGGCCCGCACCGGCUGUGCCCACUAUCUGACGGAAAUCGCUGAAUGCCUCGUUGAUGGCCGUGAUUCGUCCGAAUGUUGCCGUACAACAGCAAUUCAAGCUGAGGAGAGCUCCUGCCUUGCUAUUUGUCGUGGUUCGUCGAACGGCGUAAGUCGCUGGAUACGAUACCAAUCAUGCCUGGCGAUCAAUCUACCUUCAAUGUACACCUGUAUUCUCGGCAGCCAUUCCAAUACGCCGACUCCACCUCAGCUUCUUAAGGUGAUCUCGAAGACCAGCACAUCGGUAGAGAUCCAAUGGAGUGCCCCAGCCAAGUACCCGGAACUGGUACACAUUUACAAAGUACACGUCACUGACACAUCCGGCGCUAUACACGAGGAGGUGAUUCACUCGACGAAGCUAUUCUCAAUAAAUCUGACGAAUCUUCGUUCUGAAGGGAAGUAUUCAAUAUUUGUCGUUGCGCAUGCAUCAGAUCUGUCCAAAAAAUCCACACCAUCGGAUAUUCUGCACAUCAGCACUUCCGGAACUGACGACCUGGAUGGUGUCAGCUACACUUCCACAGUGCAGCUUCCACAUGACGCCACCAUGGCGACACUGGCAUGUCGUCUACGUAUGGGCGUUGGAGCGAAGAUGUAUAUGGUGUGGGAGAAGCAGAUUGGUUCCUCUCAUCGUAAGGUCGAAGGUAGUCGCUUCAAAGUCACCACCUAUGCAUCUGAAGACAGUACCGGUAUGCUGGUAUCAGCUCUCGAUAUCCGCUCUCUUGAACGCUCCGAUUUCGGCACGUACAAAUGUCAUGUGCGUGGGAAUGGCAACGACUAUGGCGAGGUCCAUCUUGUCGCGCAUUCACACGCCAUUGGACGUCCUCCUCUGAAUCCACCCGAAACGCCUCUAGAAUGUUGCUCUCGAGCCGUAUUCCGAGCACAUUGCCAUUCAGUAUGUCACCCAGGAAGUGAAAGGAAACGUGGCCUCAAACCUGGUAACUUUUUGCCACAAUAUCGAUGCCUCGAUGAAUUUCAAAGCUUACUACGCUGCACGCUCAGUGAAAUGAAUAGCGCCGCAUGCUGUAUUCGGAAAAAGAUACCAUAUCACUGCCUUGGAAUGUGUGACAGCAAUUACGAGCUGACAACGCUGGAUGGUUACAACUGCCUGGAACAUGAAAACCACAUCCGUCAGUGUCAAAUGGAAGCAAUCAACAUGCGUCCGGAAGCGGUCUCAGACCUUCAAAUACGAACCGAAGGCGACACAACUGUGUAUCACGUAUAUCAUCGGAGAAGAAAAGGAGCCUGGAAAUCCUUUUCGGUCACAAAAACGACGGCUCGAAUAAAAAAUGCUGACGAGAUCAUGAUCCUUGCAGUAAACGCAUAUGGCGCCGCCUCGGCGAAUCGUAUAGCCUUCGAGGAUAAUGAGUGGGUUGGGAACUACGAUUGA